GAGUACACAGUAACAGUAACGGUCUCGGUUGGAAUAGAAAAAAAACAAUGUCUAAUCAGCUCUUAUUUCUGAGUUUAGCUGACAUAUUCUCGGUUUAUCCGAAUAUUUUCAAAGAAUUAAUAGCCACGCGUGAUAAGCAGUCACUAAUAUAUUUGCCAAGUGAUCCCGAGUGGCAGGAGCGCAUGUAUUACCGCCUAUUAGAGGUUCAAAAACGUGUCAACGAGGCCAUUGAUAGUGAGGUUGAGGUGGACUACGUUGUGGUGCGGAAGGACACACACACAUUUAAUCAUUUAGCAUUUGUACUCAACUUGUCUCCAGUUAUUUCACCGAAUAUUUCGCCGAAUGGUAUGUAUCAAGUGGUGAAGAAGAAAUGCUCUCAAAUACGUGGGAAAUCACUGAAGGAUAAAAGUAAAUUUUGGAAUUUAUCAACUAUUGCCAACGCAGCGAAAUUACUCGCACGGCCACCAAAACCGUUACAGUUUGAAAAUGAACAUGAAAUGCGCAAAGUUUAUUCACUAAUAUACGACGUCUUCAGAUACAAAGUCGUCCUCUCAAAUGCACUGAACGACAUAGCAUUUUACGAACGCUAUCCUGAGCAUCGUGAAGACGAAAAUCGAAUUUGGCUAAUGUUUUUCGAAUUGCUUGGACGAAAUUUUAGGAAACGUUUCUCUGAAGAAGUAGACCUGCAACAUAAAUUAUUUCACGAAUCAGAAGUGGAAGAAAUCGCAGAACAUCUAUGGGAGUUUCGGAAAUCUUUGGCAGCAUCUAUAUCCCGAAUGCGAAUAAAGUUCAAUGCGCUCACUCUUUCAAAGUUAUUGCCCAUUCACCUACAAAACGAAAAGGUCGCCAAUGCAGCUUCGAACACGAUGGUAACAGGAUGGAUAAAUCCCUUUUUACUGCGUGAUAAAACUUCAGCCGAUAAAUUCCUGCUUGAUUACGGCUAUAUACUUCAAGAAAAUGAAAAUGGACAAGUUUUAGAAACCAAUCACUACCGUUGGGACAAUAUUUGCCCACUAUUUAUAUCCUGUGUGCCGCAAGAUAAGGGUGAAUUCACUAAGUCGAAACUUGUGACGAAUCAUUAUUUUAUCAUUCAGGACAAAGCUUUCUCCUAUGGGCCAGCCGUUAUGUCAAGACUGCUGGAAUACUUUCAGCUGAGUGGUGAUAUCCUUCAAACUCAUAUUUCAUCACCUCGUUCCACGGCCUACCUAGCCGCGCUUUUUUAUUCCGUAAAUCGAGUAAACAAUUUUUAUGCAUACGGAGCAGGUCCACAUCUCAAGGAGUUUCGCAGGUUUAUGGAAGCGCUAGGCGUAAAUAAUAUACGCAUUUUCGGAGAACUAUUCACUUCAUUCCCGUUGGAAUCGAAACGCUUCGGCUACGUCGUAGGCAUUUUUGCUAAUCCACCCAAUUCUUUUAGUGCAAUUUCCGAUCCGAUAGACUUGAUAUGCUCACGUGGCGGUGACCUGUCUAUGCUGGAGGUACUCACUGAAUCUGAAAUAAGUGAGGAUGGUAAACGUAGAGUGUCGUUAAUUCUCGAAGAACAACUACUUACACUACAAAUGGCCAUGUCCAGGCCACAAAUACAAUUUUUAUUGUACCAAACCCAUUCCAUUGUAUCAUCGGAAAAUCAAGAUAUGGUGAAUUAUGCCGUCAAACUUGUAAAUGAAACCUCACUCAGGAAACAUCAAAGUGCGUACAGGGAGAAGAAACGUCUGGAAGCAUUAGCAGAAGCAGAGGCGGCUAACAUACCAUCCGCAGCAAUGGGCUCGCCAAGAAAACGAACCACGAACACACAGGUGGAAGAGAAAGUAAAAACUCCGACUGCAACAGAAGUUGGAACAUUAAAAACUGAAAAUCCCGCUGAAGAAAACGUAGAACCAGAUGAUACGGUAGGGAACGUUGCACUGCCUGAUAUCGACGAGUUUACAUGUGAAGACAUACCGGAUAUAUGUAUUAAUCAGGACAACUGCAUGAAGCAACAUUCAACUGGUUGUUAUAUCUCAUUAAUAAAAAGAGCGAAGAUCACACAAUUGAAUGCAAAAUAUCUCAUAAAGAUGGCAGAAGCGCGAGGACUUUUCUUUACGGCAGAAAAGAGUCCAGCGCCGAGAGUGAAAGGUAUUAAAGCGCAAGACACAAAUUUGGAGCCUACAGUACAAAACGAUUACUUGAACAACCAUAGAGAGAAGAAAUAUAUUAAUGUAGAUAAUUUGAUCUCACGUCUGAUGAGGGACACAAAUUCCAGUUUAAAUCGCAUUGGAGUAUCUAAGGCUUCCAAUCAAAAUCAUCCCCUAAAAUUUAACUUUAAGAGAAGAGAAUGCGCUCGUUACAAAGCUUCAUUGCUUAAGGUCUACCAACUCUCGAAACAGCACAAAAAUGGAAGCCGACGUUGCUCACUAGAAAGUUUGGAAGAAAUUUGUUCAGCCGCCAUUUGUUGCUUACAACGUAAAAGCUUAAAAAAAUAUCCAUAUCCAUUGCAUAUACAAAAUUUGAUAAUAUAAAAUAAAGGAGGAACGAGUAUACCUAUAUACAUAUGUACUAGGUUUUUCAAAAAGUUUUUCGGUUUGAUAAGAGAGGCGUUCCUAUUAGCCUACAUUUUUUGUUAUGUUGGUACACUCUUCAUUUGAAGGAACAUAUGUAUGUGAAGCUUCAUUUCAAUCUGUCAAUUCAUUCUUUAUUUACAAGCCAUUUAGUAUCGACGUGUCACAGUAUUUUCUACAAUGGAAAAAAUCAAGUAUCGUGCAACCAUUAAAUUUGUAUUUUUGGAAGGUUUAAAAGCAUAGGAAAUUUAUGGAGGAAUGUUGAAAGUGUAUAAGGACUUCGCCAUCAAUUAGUACAGUUGACAGAUGUUUUGUUUAAAUUAAACGUGGACGUACAAGCUAUGAAGACGAGCCACGUCAAGGACGUCCAAAAACAGCAGCAAUACCAGAAAAAGCCUUAGGCAUCCAAUUGGGCAGUGGAAGCAAUAGUUUGACUGAAGUAUUGGGUCUAAGAAAGCUGUGUGCAUAAAGAGUGCCGCAUUCGCUAACAAUGGAACAAAAACAUAUUCGAAUGCAACUCUCUCAACAACAUUUAGAGCAUUUUUGAAAGGAUGGAGUGAAUUUUGUGCGUCGAUUUAUCCCUAUGGAUGAGACUUGUGUCCAUCACCAUGAUCCUAAAUUAGCACAAUAGGACAAGUGGUGGUGUCAACCUGGUUCUUCGGCUUCGAAACAAGUUCGGGUCUGUAAAUCGGCCAAGAAGGUGUUAGCAUCAGUUUUUGGGGGAGCGAAAGGAAUUUGUGUGAAGUUUGUGGAUUACUUGCAAACUGGUAAAAGAAUAAAUUUUGAAUAUUAUUGCAACCUUUUAGACCAGCUGAAGGAAAAAUUCCCAGUUUGCAAAAUAAAAGGAAAAAAUAAUUUUUCAGCAGGGCAAUGCACCGUGUCACAAUGGCUAAAUCCAUGAAUUAAAAAAUAAAUUGUUGGGGCAUCCAUCGUAUUCACUAUAUUAGGCACUUAGGGAAUUCCAUCUGCUUCCAGACCUAACAUAAUGUCAUAACAACUGUGGGCGCGUACUUUGAAGCCCUUCCAGAUACUACUUCAGUGAUGGAAUUCAUAAAUUGGAAUCCCGUUGGAACAAGUGUAUUGAUGUUGAAAGAGACUAUAGUGAUUAAUAAAGUGCAAUUCAAACCAUACAAUUGUGUUUUUCUUAUCGAACCGCAAAACUUCUUGAACAACCUAGUACGUAGGUCGGUACAUUAAAUUAGUUGAUUUAACAACCCUUUUUAUUCUAAAUCAUUGGGUAGGAAAACCUGAGUAUGCAUUACCUGAAUAUUGCACAAACAAUGCAGAGUAAGACUAAUUUUUCUAAUAUCUAACCAACAUACGAAAGGGGUUCAAUAUUGGCACCCACCUCUCUGCAUAAUUUAUAUUGUUUACCUAUUUGCCAUCACUCUUGGAAGAAAAGAUUAUUUUAGCUUUUAGUUUAAUUUAUAUUAUUGCUUAAAUUAGUAUCAUAUAAAAAAUGUUUUUUGAUCAUGCAAAUUUAUGCUAACAUUCUA